AGUCAGUCAGUCAGUAACAAUCGAUCUACGUUCGCUAGCACGGAGCGCGUUCGAACAAGGUUUAAUCGUAUUGUUUAUACCUAAUACAAGUGAAUAUAGAAACAAUAUUUAUUGUAUCAAAUUGAGUGGUAUUAUUAGUGAGAAUUUUACUCAAGAGAAAUUGUUUUUUGAAGGCUUUUCAAAGCUACCAACUCGCAAUUCCCAAGAAGUCAUAAGCUAAAGUGACGUCAUCAUAAUUAUCAGCAUACAGAAGAAGCCUGCUGAACUAAGGCCCUUAAGUCUACGACAUACAAUAAUUCGCCAUCCUGAAUCAACGGGACAAUUAAGUAUUGGUGAUAGUGAAAAACCAGAUUGUAUUGUAUUGUGCUAGUGACAAAACCGUAUUGUAUUGGUGUUGGGGAUAAAACUGUAUUGUAUUGUGACUACAGUUAUAAAAAAGGUGUAAAAAUGAGGUCGUUUUUAAUAUUUUGUGUGUUUAUAUUAACAUUAAGUUCAGUGUUAAGUUCAACUUAUUUCUUUGGCGAACAAACUAAGAAUACGAGGAUAAUAUAUCAGGACAAAGUGCGGUAUGAAGCUAUACCCUUGAAGAAACGUGUAAAGACUUAUUCGUAUAAUGGAACAGUGCCUAUCAAGGCGAUAAGCUGCUACGACUAUCAGAACAGUGAAGCCUCCGUCAACAUCACAGCCGGUGGGAUCGGAUACAAGUACGUGGAACUGCGACUAAAGAGCCAACGGAGUUACAGAUUAGACUAUGCUAUCGAAAUAUAUGCGUAGAUAUUAAUAUAAUUAGGUCCGAGUAGAAUACAUUUUCUCACUACCGCUACUCUUCCCGCGGGUGUCGUAUACCCUGAUAAAUAACCCAUUUGUUACAGACAUCUUGAUUAGCUGUGUGGUAACGUCAUGGUAAAAUAUAUUUUUCACUACCGCUACUCUUCCUGCGGGUGUCAUAUACCCGACUAUGGGACUAUAUGUUUAAGAGAGCACCAGCGCAGCGUUCAGUUAUGAGUAGAAUAAAAUUCUCACCAACCCUACACUUCCCGCGGGUGUCGUAUACCCGACUAAGAGACUAUGUACACGUUUAACAGAGCACUAGCAUUCACUUAUGAGUAGAAUAAAAUUCUCACCAACCCUACUCUUCCCGUGGGUGUAAUACACCCGACUAAGAGACUACAUGUUUAAGAGAGAACUAGCCUUUAGUUAUGAGUAGAAUAAAAUUCACACCAACCCUGCUCUUCCCAUGGGUAUCAUAUACCCCACUACGUAUUUACCAGCGAACGACCAGCAACGACCCCUGAUAAAUCUAAUGAAGUGCAAUCUAAAACGCGCUUGCCAAGGUGAGUGGAUUAAGGCAAACCCCUCUGGUAGAGGAGACCUGUACAGCAGUGGACUCUCCUGAAGUGGUAGUUAGAAGUAUACCUACUUAUUUGUAACAUACAAUGUAAAGACCUACGGACCUUAAAAUUAUUGUAAAUAGUAAUUUAAUUAUGUAAUUGUAUAUAGAU